UACUGCCAGUAAACAUCAACACAUGGGUUUGUUCAGCGAGAUAUCAGUCAAUUUUUCCUGAUAUUGGAAUCAUUGAUUCCCUAAGACCACGUAAAUGCGUCGAUAUAUAAAUGUUCACCAUUACUGAUACACUAAUUUGCCUGAUAUCAGCUGUAGCAUUCGUAAAUCUCCUGAGAAUGGCAACUCCCGGACAACCGGGCGACUGGUCUGGGCAGCAAAUACGAAAUCCUCUCAUGAGAAAUAUUUAUUAUCGUAUGCUAGAAGAUCAACGACACAGGGAGGACACACAUAGCUAUUGGUACGAGUUUGACAUAUCUGCCCUACCAGAGGAUCUCCGUGAUAAAUUCAUCGGUUUCCAUCAGGAUCUGGAGACAACACAGUUCCUUGAAUCCUGUUACGAGAAGGCAGAAUGGAUCUUCACACAACUGAGACAUUCACUACUUCGCUACAUCCUCAGCUGGUUCAUGACAAGCACCUCCAUUAAUGGAUGGCUGAAGAGGGGAUCCAUGUUCAUCUUCUCAAAGGGUCAGCUGGAUGCCCUCCUGGACAUUCCCACAGGCUGGCACUGGCAGGCAGAGAACAUGCUGGAUCUUGGUGCCGGAGACGGAAUGGUGACUAGUCAGCUGGCGAGGUAUUUCGACAAUGUGUAUGCAACAGAAAUAUCGGAGAUCAUGGUGAAGAGACUGCAGGAAAGAGGCUACAGGGUGUUGGGCAUCAGUGAGUGGAGUAAUGGAACCCGCGUGUAUGACAUCAUUAGCUGUCUCAAUCUGCUGGACAGAUGCGAUCGACCAAUCAGCAUUCUUCAUUCCAUCCGUCAAUCAUUACGAAGAGGGAGUGGCCGUGCCAUCGUGGCAGUAGUGCUUCCAUUUAAACCUUUUGUAGAAUUUGGUUCCACGGACCAUCAGCCCAUAGAGUGCCUCCAUAUAGAAGGGAAAACAUUUGAGGAGCAGACGGUCAGCCUCAUCAGACAUGUUUUUACACCAGCAGGGUUCACAGUGGAGAAAUUUUCCAAACUCCCUUAUUUGUGUGAGGGAGAUAUAAACAAAUCCUUCUUUGUACUAUAUGAUGCUGUGUUUGUCCUCCGGGCCACCGAUGUAUGAUAGCAGGGGUGCCCCAUGUAUGUCAGUAGCUCUCCUGUUUCAUCAGGGUUUGGGAUGCAAGCUUCAGACAUCUUCUCAAGGCUAAGAUAUUACAUUCCUUUAAGGUGUCAUGCAGCAAGAUCAUGAAAAUCAUAUCAUGUGCUCUGUCUUGAUAGCUGUAUCCCUCCUGGUGGCGAUCGACAGAUCUUGACAGAGAGAGAGAAGAACUGAAGUGAUCUUCUUGAGGUUUUGUUAUGCUGAAGCUAGGGAAGUUUUGUAUUUUUCAGUGUUACCUCCCUUUGCUGUCCCAGCUUUCCUUACAUUAAACUGGUUACUUUCUUAGUUUGUGGAACAAAUUUAGCACUUUGGUUAGACAGGUGGCAGCUAAAGCGCAUGACAGAUCUGUACCAUAUCUGCAAAUUUGCAACACUUUUAAUCACAAGUGUAAAUAAAUAUGGAGAUGUGUCUACACUUAGAAAAUAUGUUUUGGGCAGUAAACAUUUUUUCAAAAUACUCUACGGGUAGCUUUUAGGGCUAGUUUUGGACACAUGUUGUAAUGAACCAAGCAUCCCUGCAGUAGGGAAUGGAAUGCCAGGCCUUGGGAAGAUGAUCUGUUUGAAGCUCAAGGCUUUAUACAUAGUGUGUGUGAUUGUAUAUCAGAUGUAAUGCAACCACGUGAGUGUGCCAUAGGUUAACUAUUAAUGCCCCAUGUACAUAUUGUGUUGAAUUGUUGGAGGGAGGAACUUUUUGUCCAGGAUUUUGAAUUCGCUAAAUAAAGUGAAUAUGUAAAUAUGUUAAACUGAAGAAAUAUAUGUCAGUGUAUUAGAUUCCCUCUAGCCACUUUGGCACUGUACAUCAACUGCUGCUUGGUGUGAACAGGUCUGAAAGUAUGGACACCUCUUUAAACAGUCCUGUCAAAGAUUGAUGAACUGGUGAAUUGAUGGAGCUUAUGUUAUAAUGUCUGAGAUAAUAUUCCAUGAUUGGUCCAACCUGUCAGGUGCUGGUUGAAACCGGUGUUUUGAAGCUGAUCUCAUUGAAGACUAAUCUUUAACUCUGGUACAGUCUUGAAGGAAGGAUGUAUGGGUUAUCGAGCCAAUCAGUUGUCAGCUUUCUCAAAUAUUUCCGAUUAUUUUCUUAUCACCUCAUUUCAUGUAUUAUAUUUCACCAAAAGAAAAGCAGCACAUAACACACUGGUAAUCCUUGAUGCCUUGGUGCUCGACAAGAUGUACAAAUAUCCAAACAAUUUAAUUGCAUGGUCCUUUUUAUGUAUAUUUGGAACGCAUAAGUUAUGUAAGCUGAUUCGUAUGCUUUUCUCACUCCUAUCUGGGACUUAAAGGCUUGAUUCUGAUUGGCUGACUCAGCUAAUGUAACCUACUACAGAGUGGGCAUCAGAUCUUCAUGCAAAGAGAGGUUACAUUGGUGUUGAUGACGUGCCUUUUUUGAGAUUGUUUUCAUCUACCUUUCUUCACAGAUCUAAUUGUCUUGACUUGUACAAUCAGAGCUAUGGUCUUGACUUGUACAGGUAGGUCUAUGGCCUUGACUUGUAUGGGCAGAGCUAGUGGUCUUGACUUCUUGCAUGGUCCUGUCCGUCAUUAGUCUCGGCAUGUGGUCCUCAGAAAUCUAUGCUGUACAUUGGUGGUGAUUUAAUGGAUUGAGUGACUUAGUUGAUAGCUUGCCGUUACUCAUGAUAUCAAUCGUGACAUGAUAAUUUACAGGCUGCCAUCAUGUAGCUGGAAUAUUGCUGAGUGUGGCAUUUUAAAUCAUAGCCCUCCCAUGCUUACAUCACAAGUCUGACAUAAACUUGGUGUCAUUGAGAUUAACCGUUAACACUCAUAAAAUAGAAAAAUUAUGAAAUUAUUAUUGAAUUGUGCAAGUUUUAUUGUUUAGUAUUUUACCUCAAAUGUUAGAUUAUUCAUAAGCUCAGACAAUAGAGCUCUUACUGUCAUCUGUAGGUUAUUGUUUGCAUGAUAACCUAAUAGUUAGUCAACAUGAGGUAUCGUUAAAACUGAAAGUGCAAGAACACAAGCUUCAACACAUUCUACAGUUGAAGUCAACCAUUAACAAGGGGUAGCCUAAUGGUUAAACCAUGGGCUCGUCACGCCGAAGACCCGGAUUCGAAUCCCCACGUGGGUACAAUGUGUGAAGCCCAUUUCUUGUGUCCCCUGCCGUGAUGUUGCUGGAAUAUUGCUAAAAGCAGCGUAAAACCAAACUCAGUCAGUCAGUCAGUCAACCAUUAACAUAAAUAUGAACAUGGUCUGGAUGUUUCUUCCAGAUGUGGAUAAAAAGCUUCAGCUUUCCUGACUCAACAUCAAGUGAGCUGAUGUUAUGGCUUGCUUGGCCAUCAGCUCUUGUAAAUAUCUUGUAAAAAACAUACACUACACUAUUGAAGCUGACAUUUGUUCUGACCAAUUUUGACAUCUCAGUCUGUCCAAAAUGUUGGAAUCCAAUUUUUGAUAAUUUAUUUGGAUCUGAAUAUUUUAUUAACUAUUUGGAAAUGGCCAAACAACUAGAUAAUAUAGCAUGUCAUAUUGCCAUUCCAUUAUGAUAAAUAUCAUGGACCCAUUCGGUACCAAACCUUAUUUUGAUUUAGACAUGCAAUGAAAUAACAUGAUCAUGGUUACAGAAACUCUGUUAACAAUAUCAAAUCUUCUCAACAGGAAACACCCAGUAGCAUACUGGCUUCCUUCCCCUUAUCUUAGUACUUGAGAUAACAUCUUUGUAGUUGGAAGGUCAAUCUGAAUCGUAACAAAAAUCCUUUAUUUGAAAAGUAUUGAGGACUUGCACUAAGGAUGACAUUAUUUAUAAUAUAGGUCU